AUGUCAGAGUAUGUUGCCGAUCCGUGCUCACAGCGUCCUACACCUGUUUUAACAUCUCGUGGCUUUCAAAGCAAACCUUACCCAACAACCAGACAGGCUCAUCAUGUCCAAACACCCUCUCUUCUCACAUCUUUUCCUUCCUCUCUCCCCUGGGAUGGCCAUCCUCAGACCUCUUGCCCGCGCCCAGGGGUCCUGCUGCCGUUGACCAACGCCCUACCCUCUCCUCUUGGCACCCCGUUAUCCACUGUUUCAUCGUAUGGGCCGUUUUGUCGUUCCCAGCCUCAGACACCGGGCCCAAGUCCCAUGGCAGCGACAACGAUGACUUCGAGGUCAACGCUCAGCUAUACUGCCCCUUAUGAUCCUAGAGAGUGGGUUGGUGGGAGUCGGCGAACCUCUAUGAUUGAACGUCAUGGCAACGAGGGAGAAGAAGGCAUCACAAACCCGCCUCCGCCAUAUUCUGGACCUUCGAGCGCAGACCCCACUCCCACUGCUGGUAUCAACACAGGAUCAACACUGUCCCCAGCAGAUUCCACUUUCACAGGCGAUACAUCUUCUCAGGUCAACACACCAACGAGCACGGUGGGUUUUAUGUCGCCACUUCAUUCAGGUCAUACCGUCUCCAGUGAGACUGGGCAGCGAGCAAAUGCACAGGCCAUCGCUCAACAAUUCACAUCUGGGUUGAACCGUCCAAGCACUUUUGGAAACCGAGUACCAAGGCUCAAUACAAUGCCCGCGCCAACAGAAACCCGACCCGGCGAACCUACUCUGAUCAUGGCAAGGCAGCCUACUCUAGGCCCAUUGUCGAUCACUUCUCCUCCAUCUGGUGCCACAUACGGCCAAGGUCCGGUUCAACACUCGAACGUUAUCUCCGUACCGGGCCCCCCAGCUGCUCGAAGGGCUGCGUCUGCUGGCGCUGUAUCCUCGCAUGGCUCUCAAAUCCAGGAUGGACCACUGUCGAGACCAUCGUCUCGACAAGGGAGUUGGUAUCCUGGAAUGCCUCUUCCAGGGCCUCCGCCUGGACCUCCCCCAUCUUCCUCGCGAUCGCAGAGUGCAAGCGGCAUGAACAAUGCAUCUUCAUCUAGACAGCCGGUGCCCAAUGGACGUGGGUACCAUCGCAUUUCGCGCCAGGCCCCCUUGUUGAGCCCAAUGCCACCAACCCCUGCCAGUUGGAGAGAGGGUUCAACUUCUCGUUCGAGCUCGAGAGCACCUCCACCCCUACAGAUCGUGACGAGCAAUCUUGACAGGCCAGAGUCGAGCACGGCAGGUCUCAGUCGUAGUGCUGCACUUCGAGUUUCGUCAGCCAAAGGUUUACUUGAAAGACGCAAGCACAGAAGAAGCGUACAUGAAGAGCCGCUAACAGACUUUAGUGCAUUGACCAUUGAUACUGACCUGUGGUUCGAAAGCUCAAGUCCUCGCGAAUUUGGAGAUAGUCGCACACGCGAUAUUGACUCUGCAGUCCCGUCUGUCGCCAGCCCAAGUUUCAGCUUGGGUACCACCACCCCCGUUCAACAACAGUUGCGGGUUGUAACUGACGUGUCGCAUGCUGAAAUUCCUUCGCAGCUCAUAAACCUUGCUCCGACAAACCCUUUCAGCCCACGAUCCACCUCGUCAAUUCUCCCUCAAAAAGCCCUGCCGACCCCACCAUUGAGCCAGAAAAAUCCAUUAUCCGCGCACAGCGUGUUACCUUCCACUGCUUCCUCGUUGUUCGAGAUUCUACAAGGCGAUUCGGACUCUUUCAUUGCAGAUGCCUCUCGCCGUCAUCAUGAGUUUUUGAUUCGUGAAAGUCAGGCCAAGUCGGACCUAGAGCGGUUGGCACUAUUUGGGGAAUUCAUUUGUGCUGAAUCGAGAGUCAGGAGGGAGCGAUACCCGGGACCAUUCGCGGACGGGAGUUUCACGCCAGAAACGGUCAAAGCACAGUUGUUUCAGGAUGUGUUCGAAGAGCGAGUUGAAACUGAUGUCCCCAACAAUCUGGCAAAUGCAGCAGAGCAGGCACAUCCAUACGGAUUGAAAAGUGGGUACCAGAGUCGCGCAGAGUCGACGUGGUGGAAAGACUAUCGACCCGCCCUGUCACCGAUAGCGAGUAUGAGCCAUGACGGUGUGAGCUCCCGAGGUCGAACAGCAAGUCGGUGGUGGCAGUCACAGACCGGGGAUGACGACUCACAGGGCGUCGGAGCAGGGAAAAAGGUCAAGCGCUCCAAGCGGGAAUCGAAAUACAUGGGGCUUCCUGAGCUCACACUCGAUGAGGUGUUGUCGGGGGAUGACACGCCCACAGGUUUCCAAGAUGUGUUGAGCAGCGAAGGUGCGGAAGAAGGCGAGAAGGGCGGGUUCGCGAGCUUCGGGUACUAUGAUGCCCAGUACGAAGCGCAGCCGACAAUCGAUCCAACGCCAGGUUACGUUGUCAGUCCACACGCGCUAGACAUCUCGAGGUUCAUCACGCUACCCCCGCCCUACCCACGACACUACCCGGCGGUUAACAAUACUCACCCCAAAUUAGCCGCUUCGAGGAACAUUGUUCGAACUCUGAGUCAAUUGACCGAGCUGGAGGAUCGAAGAUCCCGACACAAUCUGAGCGUGGAAGCGUUGAGGUCGGAUCACAAGCGCAAGAUACUAGAGAGGCAACAGUCGUUCAAGGUCAACAUUCAGGCGCAGAUCGCGGAUGGAAGCAUCACGUUUGCGGAGGCGGCGGAAGCUGAACAGGCGUUGAAACUCGAGGAGCAUCGACGAGAGAAGCAGUGUCUUCAAGCGGAGUUCGACACUCUGCAGGAUGUGGUGAUUACGCCGAUGCAUGACAUGUUGAACACGCGGCUGGAACAACUCGACAAGAGCAUCGCGGAGUUGACCAGCACAUUAGCCGAGGAGACGCAAGCGGAGAAUCUCGAUCGGCCACAGCAGGAGGGGGAUGCAACUCCGGAGACGUUGGAAUAUUUGACGCAGCUCAAGUGGCUGUUUGAGGCACGGGAGCAAAUCCAUCAAGAGAUCUACAAUCUCCUUAGCGAACGCAACGAAAAGUACAAGGCGAUCGUCCUCCUGCCGUACCGGCAAGUCGCACAUCACGAAAAGAUCCGAGAUACCGAGGACUUUUUCCACCGAGAUAGCCUGCAGCGUAAGACGACGUUUCGAAAGGAGUCGGUUGCUCGACACGAGACAUUAUUGAAGCUGAUUGAAGAGCACGUUCGGCAGGAGGUGGUGAUUCAGCUCUCGGCAUUCUGGGACAUUGCUCCAGGACUUUUGGACCUCAUGCAGAAAGUGUCGGAUGACGUGGAACACAUGGAGCCGAUUGCCAUUCCGGCGGCAGAGUAUGAGGAAAACCCAUCGUACCACGACUACCCACUGCAAUAUCUUUAUACGCUUCUAGACCAUGCAGAAACCUCGACUUACCAGUUCAUCGAGUCACAGACCAAUCUGUACUGUCUCCUUCACGAGGCGAGGCUAGGAGUGUUGAAAGCACACUGUCGAGCGGCGGAGGCGGGCCAGGCUCAGAGCAACAGUCACAGCCCUGCGGAUGCCGACAAUCCCAUCAAGAUUAGGCAAAAAGAGGAGGCAGAGGCGACGGCCGAGCUGAAGCAGCAGGUUGCCAUGGUGGAGGAACAGUGGUCGGAGGCACUGGGGAAUGCUUUCCAGACGAAGAAGGCCAUGAUCAAGGCGCACCUGGAGGCCACUGGGGGUUGGGAUGAAUCAAUCGAGGUGACGGUACGAGAAAGUCACAUUGUGCCUGGAGCGAGUUGA